AUGCUCAGGGUGAGCGGCCUGUCAGCUAAACAGUGUCAAUUUGUUCAACCCAAUGGAGAGGCAUACGUUAUUUAUGGGGAUCCUGCCUAUGGCAUUACACAGAACAUUAUUGCUCCAUUCCGUCAAGCACACCUUACAGAUGAUGAGCAGGAAUUUAAUACAAGAAUAAGCAAAGUUCAAACAUGUGUGGAAUGGGGUUUUAGCAAAAUCUGCCAAAAUUUUGCGUAUUUAGACUUUAAAAAGAACUUAAAGAUCCUUUUACAGCCCGUGGGUAAAUAUUAUUUAGUUGCAUGUAUUCUUAUCAAUGGUCACGCCUGUUUAUAUGGGUCACAGACAACCACUUAUUUUAGUUUAGAGCUGACAUCCCUGGAAACAUAUCUAUCCAACCCGUGA